UGCGCAGCGCCGCCGGACCGGGGGGCGCGGGGGGAGCCCGCCGCCGCCAUGACCAACGUGUACUCGCUGGAUGGGCUGCUGGUGUUUGGGCUGCUCCUAGUCUGCACUUGCGCCUACCUGCGGAAGGUGCCGCGCCUCAAGGCCUGGCUGCUCUCUGAGAAACGCGGCGUCUGGGGCGUCUUCUACAAGGCUGCUGUCAUCGGCACCCGCCUGCACGUGGCCGUGGCUGUCUCCUGUGUCCUCAUGGCUUUUUACGUCCUGGUGGUGAAGUGACCCCACGGGCACAUGCUGGGAGUGGCGACGAUGACGACAACCAGAGACUCUGGUACUGAUCCCAACUGCUCCGGCACCAGCCUGGACCCUGCCAGUGGUGGCCCUGGGGAGCCGCCAUGGCCCAGCACCCUGCUUAAACCCACCUCAUUCCCCUCAGUGGGGCCAAGCAGCGAUGGGUGCCACCUGGCCACCUUUAAGCUGCUGGAAAGAGAGCCUGGGGGCAGCAGGGAGGGGGCUCGGCAGGCCCCUCAGCAAGAGGGAAGAUGCGGCUGUGCCCGAUGAGCGCCUUCUCCUGACACCGAACACUAUGUCCUGGUGGGACCGUGGCCCCCUCCCACUGCAGGAACUAGGUGGACCGGGGGCAGGCAGGGCCCCCUCCUCACUGGUGGGAUUUCCCUGCUCCCCUGGAAGCAUGUGGGGUCCCUCGGUGGGGGUCUCCCCCCUGUAGCUGUGGGGUUUGUCAACCCCCCUGGUUUGUGAACACUGGACCACAAUGUGCAAAUAAAGUGGGGGUUCCCCUGGGGGCA